UCCUUGCUCUCGAAGAUGACCUUAUCCUUAUGUAUUCUUUACUAUAUCAGUGUGGCCAUCCUCCUUGCUGGCGAAGUGUGGCUGUUCCUUGCUCUCGAAGGACCUGGUUUAGGUAUCAUCGACGUCGCUUUUGUUUGUGUGCGGAUAAUGGCCCGAAAGUUCUUCGUCGGUGGCAAAUCGAAAUGCAAUGGGACGAUCGAGGAGGUCGAGAAAAUUGUCAGCAUUCUGAAUGAUGGAAAAAUUGAAUCACCUGAUGCUGUUGAGGUUGUGGUUAGCCCGCCAUCUGUAUUUCUUCCUCUUGCGAAAAGUUUGUUGCGCUCUGAUUUCCAAGUCGCAGCACAAAAUUGUUGGGUGAAGAAAGGAGAUGCUUACACUGGCGAGAUCAGUGCUGAGAGGAUUGUAAACCUUGGCAUUCCUUGGGCCAUUCUUGGACACUCGGAACGGAGGGUUUUGUUAAAUGAAUCAAAUGAGUUUGUUGGGGGCAAGGUUGCAUAUGCACUCUCUAAAGGUUUAAAGGUAAUUGUUUGUGUCGGUGAGACACUUGAGCAACGUGAGUCAGGAGCCACCUUGGAAGUUGUUACUGCACAAACAAAAGCUAUUGCAGAACGGAUUUCUGACUGGACCAAUGUAGUUCUGGCCUAUGAGCCAGUUUGGGCAAUUGGAACAGGGAAGGUUGCUACUCCAGCUCAGGCUCAAGAGGUGCACUCUGAAUUAAGAAAAUGGCUUCAGAUAAAUGUGAGUGUUGAGGUUGCAGAAUCAACCAGGAUCAUUUAUGGAGGUUCUGUAAAUGGUGCUAACAGCAAAGAACUUGCAGCACAACCUGAUGUUGAUGGGUUUCAUGUUGGAGUUGCUUCGUCGAAGCCGGAGUUUGUGGACAUCAUCAAUGCUGCUACUAUUAAGUCCUGUGCUUGAGAAGUCUUAAGACUCUUUGUCAGUUGAAGGCCUACGACCUUUGUGUUAUGUAUUGCAAACUUUUUUCAGUCGAGCUACCUGCCUCUUGCUUGUAACUGAAAUGAACCAAUAAUUUCCCAAGUCAUGUACGAAAGACUAUUUAUUUGAUAUGUCCAGUAUCUUUGGUGUGAAGAAAUAAUGUGGAUUGAGUUGCAACUAGUUAAAUAUGCUCGGCUUCUGUCAA